GAAAGCAGCGCUACUGAAGGAGCGGACCGGAAACUCGCUUCUCCCUUCCGGAACCAGCUUCCGCCCGCUUUCUGUCAAUCUAGCCUUUUAAGGCGGGGCUCUGCACAGCGACUGGGCAAGGCUAUUGCGCUUGCGUGGCGCGGGUAACCUCCCGGAACCGUCUCAGCAGAGUUAGACUCAGAAGAAAUGGCCCUGGUACCCUAUGAGGAGAGCGCAGCAAUAGGGCUCCAGAAAUUCUAUAAGCCUCUCGCCACCUUCUCCUUUGCAAACCACACCAUCCAGAUCCGUCAGGACUGGAGGCAACUGGGAGUUGCUGCAGUGGUUUGGGAUGCGGCCGUCGUUCUUUCCAUGUAUCUGGAGAUGGGUGCUGUGGAGGUCAGGGGCUGCUCUGCUGUGGAGCUCGGUGCUGGCACAGGGCUGGUGGGCAUUGUAGCUGCCCUACUGGGUGCCCAUGUGACUAUCACGGAUCGAAAAGUAGCAUUAGAAUUUCUUAAGUCAAAUGUUGAAGCCAACUUACCUCCCCAUAUCCAACCUAAGGUUGUUGUUAAGGAGCUGACUUGGGGACAAAAUUUGGAAAGUUUUUCACCUGGAGAAUUUGAUCUCAUACUUGGAGCAGAUGUCAUAUACUUAGAAGAUACCUUCACAGAGCUUCUUCAAACACUGGGACAUCUCUGUAGCAGUAACUCUGUGAUUCUUUUAGCUUGCCGAAUCCGAUACGAACGGGAUAGUAACUUCUUAACAAUGCUGGAGAGGCAGUUUACUGUGAGUAAGGUUCACUACGAUCCUGAGAAGGACGUAUACAUUUACAAAGCCCAGAAGAGAAUCCAGAGGGAGGACUUGUAGUGGGCAGUGUUUUCUAAGAAUUGAGUGCGGCAGUUAGGGUCUUACAGCUAGAACUCUUAACAGUGUUAAUGACAUGGCCAACUGCAAGUCCUUCUGCUCAGAGCUGCUCAAGGAACAACUGUACUUUGUAGACAGUGCCUUGCCUCAUUGCCUGUGACUGUCAGUCAGAUUGGCUCACUGCUGCAAAUGGACAUUCGAGGUCUGGCUGGUAUUCUUUCCCUGCCCUGUGUGCUCACUUGGUGAGCGGUUCCUACUGAUGGAGAAUGGCGUAAAAGUGUCUCUGAACUGGAGAGUCAGUUACACAUUCUGGGAUGAAUUUUGUUUCAGUUUCUUUGUCUGCUGAAUGUAAACUGAUUUAUUACAUGUAUUCUGUGAAAUGUUUGUACUGUUGGAGUCUCUUGCUCUUUUUUUUUUGUGUUGGACAAGGCCUUACUCUGCAGCCCUGGGUCGGCCUGAAACUAAGCCAGGCUGACCUCAAGCUUGCAGUAGUUCUUGCAGUAAUUCUCUCCCUCUGCCACUGAGUGCUGGGAUUACCAGUAUGUGCCAUGCCACCUGGCUGACCAUUUAGUUCUUAAAGCACCUUGAGAUGAAGAUGAGUUUUCUGGGUCUUAUAUCAAGAGUAAGUAUAUAAGCAAAUAAAUAAAUAAAAAUAAAAUUUUACAUUU